CAGCUCCUGACGUCCAGAGGGAGACAGACAGCAAGAUGAAGAUGCUACUGGCAGCAGUGAUACUCACUGUCUUGAUCACACAAGGUUUCUCACUGACAUGCCACAGCUGUAACAGUCUGAGAGGCAACUGUGCGUUAAACACGACCAUAGACUGUAACAGGACAGUCCAUUCCACUUGCCGGUCAAUUAGUGUCAACACGGUAAUUGGUCCCUCAGACAGCAAUUACCUGAUAAGUGGCUGUGGGGGUUGUUUUGGUCUCGUCACCUUCAACAGCGGACUGGUCUCUCAUUAUGUGCACACGACCUGCUGCAGUUCCAACCUCUGCAAUGACGAUGUUGAACCAGACAUAGAGAACAGCACGCUGAAUGGGUUGGAAUGCUACUCAUGUUAUGCUGUUACGGAGAUCGGGUGUAAUAGCACCAGGGCCAAAGUGAAAUGCAGAGGACAACAGGAUCGCUGCAUCCACACGUCAGGUCACAGCAGAGGACUGGACCCCAGGACGUUCGUGAUGAAAGGCUGUGCUUCCGACUUCCUCUGUCGAAAUCCCGGGGCUCUCGGACUAUUCUCCUAUGAGGCGACAGCGGCUUUCUACUGCUGCAAGGAUGGCCUGUGCAACUUGGAGUCGCGGAACUUCACCCAGACCACCACUCCGGGCCCCAGCACCACGUCCACCGCAAGCCCAACCCAACUGAGCAGCCCCCUCGUCAUGGCUGUCCUCCUGGUCUUCCUCAGACAGGUGCUCUGAAGCACAGUGUCUCAGUCUUCACCCUCUCGUCGAUUGGCUGCAGGAGCCCCUGGGUGGAACGAGGGGCAUCUUCAGAGGAAGAGUCAUUCCCAACAUGCUCUGUGUGGUCAAACCUUCUCAUCUACAGAUUUACAAACCCCCCUCAAUCUCCUGCUGGGAGACCUUCCUCAGCUCAUUCCCUCCCAUCCCUGGUUGUACAGUAGCUAUUCUCGUAUGGUAUUUGCUCAGUGGUGGUUGUAUUCCUGUAAUGUUUGAUCCCAGCAUGAGCAAGAGGCCAUUCAGCCAAUUAUAUCUGUGACAGGUGUCUUCUAGAUCAAUACCACCUUAAUCCUACUGCCCCAUUCUCUCCUCAUAGCUCUAUUGAUCCCCAAACUAAUCCCACAGCCCGACUCUCUCCCCAUAGACCUGUAUCAACCCCCAAACUAAUUCCACUGCCCCACUCUCCCCAUAGCCCUUUAUCAAUCCCCAAACUAAUUCCACUGCCUCGCUUUCUCCCCAUAGCCCUGUAUCAA